AUGAAUAACGAAGUUGAUGUAGGUAGAAGACUUAAAUCUCGCAAGGUUGAGGCAAUCGGUAUCUUUCCGAAGGCCCGCGUGGUGCGCGGCAUCGAUUGGAGCUGGGGCAACCAGGACUGUCAGUCUAUUCUAUCCUCGGCUUCCCACCAAGCUAACUCGAACAGUGCUACUUUACUGAACUCGGGACUUGAAUCGCGAGAUGGUGGAAGUGGUGGAGGCCUUUUGAUGCGUAUGCUUGUUCCUAUUCUACACUAA